AUGUUUUUCAAAAAUAAAAAGAAAGAAGAGCAGCCACCAGUGGCCUCUCCAAAUACAAACCGAUCACCUCCAACCAAUCCACAGCCAUCAAGUGGAAUUCGUAUUGGAUCGGUCUCUGCAAGUGCAUCAGCAGAGCAAUUAGAUCAAAUUAAUGCAAAUAAACAAAAGAUACCAUCACUCUUUAGAUUGCUGGCAGAGCACAAGUUAUCAGAGCGUGAUAUAUGGGAAGGUGAACCACAGUUAUUCUCAAUUUUAUAUCAAUUUAAAGAUCAACUUGGAAAGACUGAAUCACCACCAAACAUUAUAACAUUCCAUAUGCCAACGAUAGCAGAAUUUGGCGACACAAAGAAGAAAUCAUACAAGAUCAAUAAGAAAUUCACAGUAUCUCAAACCAUUGCUUUGAUAUGUAAGAAACAACAGAUUCCAGAUCCAAAGAGAUUCUGGAUUGGUUCACUACAAGGAUUUAUUAUGAGUGACAAUGAACCACUGAGCACCUAUGGUCUUGGUAGUCUUUUUGAAUCAUGGGAGUUAAGAUUAAUAUAUAAACAAGAUAUCUUAUCAAAAUCACCUUUAAAGAAUGAACCACUUGAAUCAUUAGGAACUGAAUUUAUUGUUGUAUUUGAAUUACCACCAUUGGAAGAAUUCAAUGGAUUAAAGAAACAUGUUGUUAAAGUUGAUUCCAAUCAAACCAUUAAAAGUGCAAUUGGAAAUAUUUGUAAGAAAUAUAAGGUAGAAGGAUCAGAAAGAUUUUCGGUUAUGACAAUCGAUGAGAAUCCAUUGGUAGAGUUUGUAUUGUUCAGUGGCGCGUGUUUCAAGCACUACGGUCUUGGUUACAAAUUUAAAAAGUGGGAUUUGAAGAUUGUUUUCACCGAUUUGAUUGCACCAUACGUACAUCGUCACACUGUGAUUCCAAUGCACGGUUGGGCACAGGUUUCUCCAGGACAAUUGGAUCCUUUCACAGCACGUGCCAUUAUAAACGAUCUCGAGGAGAAAUGCUCAGAGUUCCAAUCGGAGAUUCGUCGUCUCACCAAAGACGUCGAGGGUGGAAAUGAGUUGGCACAGGAGCAAGCCGCUGAAAUCGAGCGUCUACGCGAGGAGAUCGCACGUUUGCAACGUGUCAUGCAAGAGGAGCGUGAAGCCACUCUUGCCCAAAACGAAGACUACGAAGCGCGAAUCACCGCUGCCAACGCCGAAAUUGAGACUAUGGCCGGACAGCUCCGUUCGAUGAAGGCGCGACUCGACGACACUGGCGCACAACUCAGCACCGCCAAGAUUUCCAACGACGAUCUAACUUCCACUUUACACCUGUGUCAAGCUGACAAGUCAAAGUUGGAGAACUACGUCGAGGAGCUGAAUGCUUCGAUUGCCGACUACCAACAGAGAUUGGAGCGUCAACGUGUCCAGUCGGUCGACACUGAGAAUCACCUCACCCAAAUGAUCGCUACAUUGGAGCGUGAGAAAUUAGCGAUCAAAGAGGAUGCACGUGCUUCACUCGAGCGUUUCACCACUGAGAAGGUCUCCAGUGAGGAAGCUGCCAAGCACUUGCACGCCAGUCAAGCUAUGCUCGUCACCCAAUUGCAAGACGACUUGGUAACGUCACAGCGUGAACGUGAAAUGAUGGCACUCCAAGUUCAGAAAGCAACACUCGAACGUCAGGAAGCAGUCCAGCUGGCAGAACGCGCCGAAAAGAAAGCCGAAGAGAUGUCCAAGACUGCCAAACAUGUCGAGCGUCAAUUCGGUGACUUGGAGCGUGAGCGUGACGUUCUUCGUCAGCAAGUCCAAAUCAAGUUGGACGAGAUUGCCGAUCUCAACAAGGAUUUGGAGUGGUCCAGAGAGACUAUGGCAGAUAUGGAGCGUCGUCUCACCAGUAUGUCGGGAGAAGCCAAAAUGUACAAAGAUAUCAAAGAUAAGGAAUCCGCCCGUUUCAAACAAUCGUCACAAGAAGAAACCAAAACCAAGAACGACCUCGACGCCGAGCGCAAGCGUAACAUCGACGCCACCGCCAAAUUCAACAAGAAGAUCCACGAGUUGCAAACCGCACAGAAACACCAAGAAGCUGCCUACCAAAACGCCGAAUCCGCAUUCAAGAAGCGUGAGAAUGAGCUGCGUUCACAAGCCGAAGACUACCGUGCCAAAUACGAAGAGUUGCGCCAACAAGUCCAAGCCGGAUCCGUCAAGGAUGGAGCAUCGAUUCCAUCGCUGCCAGCAACCGGUAGUGGUUCUUUCAUCAAGAGCAAUGGUACACCAAAGGAAUUGGCAAGUUCGCCAGUUCUCAUUGGUGGCGCAGGAAGCAGCGCUACAACCUCACCAGACUCAUCUUCACAACCAAAAGUCAAUGGAUUGUUACCAUCCACUGCAACACUCAUAAUUGGUGGUCGUGGAAAGAGAAAUUCACCGUCACAAGAGGAAUUGGCCGCUGCCAAAGAACAUCUGAAAACUAUUCCUGCACCUGCACCAACCAAGGAAAUUGCUGUAGUUGCCGACAAUCUUUACAAUUCACUGCAAACUCGUUUCGUCAAUGUCAACAUGGAGGCUGAAGAAUUGAAUCUAUCAGAAUCAGAUACAGAAUAG